UCUGAGCGGGUGUUUGGGCUGUUGGCUGCUUUCUUCCCCCUCUUACACACUUGUAUAUUAUUUUGAGCUGGUGUUCGCAGAGUUUGAAAGGAGAAUUUUUUUUUAAAAAAGCCGCAAGCGUUUCACUCUUUUAUUUUUAUAAUCCCCUUCAAUUUGGUUUUUUUUUUUAAAGACAAGAAAACAGGAAGGAAGAAAAAUAAGGAAAUGAGAUGUGGUAAAAAGAAGCUAAAAGGUGCCUUUUAAAAGAUCGUUGCUGUGAAGUGAAAAAAAAAAAAACCUCCAGAGAAACCAAAAAGCACCGCCGAGACCUCUUCCGAACCAAAGGAGUUUGUGUUUGCUUUUAGGGAAGAAGAGAGAUCAUUCAUUCGGAGGAAUAACAGCCAAUUAAAAGACAAAUUAAAAAAAAGUUUGGAGUGGGACACGGAGCGAGCGAGCCCCUGAGCGGGCGGCGCUGCCGGCGGGCGGUGGGCGCGGAGCUCGCACUUUUUUUCCGGGUCGAGUGAGCGGCGCGGCCCGGACCGGUCCGGCCGCGGCUCCGGGUUUGUCAGUCGCGCCUCGGCGGAGCGGACGUCGGAGCGUGGCCGCGGGAGACGCGCGCCGGACAAUGCCCACGGCGGGCCAGUGACGCCCGCGGGGAAUGCAGAGCGGCCCCGGCGGCCGGCAUCCAGCCGACGCGCGUUCCUGCCACCCGCGUCACGCGAGACCCGGCGGGGACCGGGACCGCCCGUGCCUCUCGGACCCGGCCAGCUGCUUCUGCCACGGCGGCCGCCGCCGCCUCCUCCUUCUCGGGGCCAUUAAAGCCAAUGAGCCGCGCGCUUCUGCCCAGCGCAGCCAACUAAAUCGGUUUGGAUGAUUCGCGACCUGAGCAAGAUGUACCCGCAGACCCGACACCCGGCACCGCACCAGCCUGCUCAACCCUUUAAAUUUACAAUUUCCGAAUCCUGUGAUCGGAUUAAGGAAGAGUUUCAGUUUUUACAGGCUCAAUACCACAGUCUGAAACUGGAAUGUGAGAAACUCGCCAGUGAGAAGACCGAGAUGCAGAGGCAUUAUGUCAUGUAUUAUGAAAUGUCCUAUGGGUUGAAUAUAGAAAUGCACAAGCAGGCAGAGAUUGUCAAGAGGCUGAAUGCUAUCUGUGCACAAGUCAUUCCUUUCCUGUCCCAAGAGCACCAGCAACAAGUGGUGCAGGCUGUGGAACGGGCCAAGCAGGUGACCAUGGCAGAACUGAACGCCAUCAUUGGGCAGCAACAACUCCAGGCUCAGCAUUUAUCACAUGGACAUGGUCUGCCUGUGCCUCUGACUCCACAUCCUUCAGGACUUCAGCCCCCUGCCAUCCCACCUAUCGGUAGCAGUGCUGGACUUCUGGCCCUCUCCAGUGCCCUGGGAGGUCAGUCUCACCUUCCCAUCAAAGAUGAGAAAAAACACCAUGACAAUGAUCACCAAAGAGACAGAGACUCCAUCAAGAGCUCUUCAGUGUCCCCAUCAGCCAGUUUUCGGGGUGCCGAGAAGCAUAGGAACUCCUCAGACUACUCCUCAGAGAGCAAAAAGCAGAAAACUGAAGAAAAGGAAAUUGCAGCACGUUACGACAGUGACGGUGAGAAGAGUGAUGACAACCUGGUGGUUGAUGUUUCCAAUGAGGAUCCAUCUUCCCCUCGAGGGAGCCCAGCACAUUCUCCACGAGAAAACGGCCUGGACAAGACUCGUCUGCUCAAGAAGGAUGCCCCCAUCAGUCCCGCUUCCAUCGCAUCGUCUAGCAGUACUCCUUCCUCCAAAUCCAAAGAACUUAGCCUUAAUGAAAAAUCUACCACUCCUGUUUCAAAAUCCAAUACCCCUACUCCACGAACUGAUGCGCCUACCCCAGGCAGUAACUCCACCCCAGGAUUGAGGCCUGUACCAGGAAAACCACCAGGAGUGGAUCCCUUGGCAUCCAGCUUAAGGACUCCAAUGGCUGUACCUUGUCCAUAUCCAACCCCAUUUGGGAUUGUUCCUCAUGCUGGUAUGAAUGGGGAGUUGACCAGUCCAGGAGCCGCCUAUGCUGGGCUACACAACAUCUCCCCGCAGAUGAGCGCGGCAGCAGCUGCUGCCGCUGCCGCCGCUGCCUAUGGAAGAUCACCCGUGGUGGGUUUUGAUCCACACCACCACAUGCGUGUGCCAGCAAUACCUCCAAACCUGGCCGGCAUUCCAGGAGGGAAACCAGCAUACUCCUUCCACGUCAGUGCAGAAGGCCAGAUGCAGCCUGUCCCCUUCCCCCCUGAUGCCCUCAUUGGACCCGGAAUCCCACGACAUGCUCGUCAGAUCAACACCCUCAACCACGGGGAGGUGGUAUGUGCGGUGACCAUCAGCAACCCCACGAGGCACGUGUACACGGGCGGCAAGGGCUGCGUCAAGGUCUGGGACAUCAGCCACCCUGGCAACAAGAGCCCCGUCUCCCAGCUGGACUGUCUGAACAGGGAUAACUACAUCCGUUCCUGCAGAUUGCUCCCUGAUGGUCGAACCCUAAUUGUUGGAGGAGAAGCCAGUACCCUAUCCAUUUGGGACUUGGCGGCUCCCACCCCACGCAUCAAGGCAGAGCUGACAUCCUCAGCUCCUGCCUGCUAUGCCCUGGCCAUCAGCCCUGACUCCAAGGUCUGCUUUUCCUGCUGUAGCGACGGCAACAUCGCCGUUUGGGACCUGCACAACCAGACACUGGUGAGGCAGUUCCAGGGCCAUACAGACGGAGCCAGCUGUAUUGACAUUUCUAAUGAUGGCACUAAACUCUGGACGGGUGGUUUGGACAACACGGUCAGGUCCUGGGACCUGCGCGAGGGGCGGCAGCUACAGCAGCACGACUUCACUUCACAGAUCUUUUCCCUGGGCUACUGCCCAACUGGAGAGUGGCUCGCAGUGGGGAUGGAGAACAGUAAUGUGGAAGUGCUGCAUGUCACCAAGCCAGACAAAUACCAGUUACAUCUUCACGAGAGCUGUGUGCUGUCACUCAAGUUUGCCCACUGUGGCAAGUGGUUUGUAAGCACUGGGAAGGACAACCUUCUGAAUGCUUGGAGGACACCUUAUGGGGCCAGUAUAUUCCAGUCCAAAGAAUCCUCAUCGGUGCUUAGCUGCGACAUCUCUGUGGAUGACAAAUACAUUGUUACUGGCUCUGGGGACAAGAAGGCCACGGUUUAUGAAGUUAUUUAUUAAGGACAAAUCUUCAUGCAAACUGGACUCCUUGUAGCACUUUGCUCUCCCAUCCCUUUUUUUUUUUGGUUGUUGUUGAAACCACCCACCCCCACACCCGCAUCUAAAACCAAGGAUUUCCAAAUAUUCAUUGCAGUUGUGGAACUUUAUUCUUCUCUUUAACCCCAUUCCCUCCUUGCUAUUGAAUUGUGAAUACUCAUUAAGAACCUGUGAUACCAAAUCUUCAGCUAUCUACUUGGAAGAACAUGGAAUAAGCAUACUUAACAGUGAAUGGAAUCUUCAAUUAUGUAUUAUAUCUGUAAUAUAUUUAUUUUGUUUAAAGAAGGCUUUCUAACAAUGACUGACUAAAUAAAGCUGUCUGCUCCUACAUUGAUAAUGAAGGUGCAUUGUAUUUGAUACCCCUCCCCCCUUUUUUUUUGCUAAAGGAGGGGAAAGGAAGGUUUAAAAAUAACUGAUUUUAAAAAAUGUCACUAAAUGUAGACUAUUGACUGUAUAGAGAAGUGAAAUGUAUAAUUACACAUGGAAGCAAUAUGUUGCUGUAUUGUUAUUAAGGAUUUUGUUUUUGUUUUUUCUACUUCUGAAGACGUUCAGAAAUUUGGCUGAACGAUUUAAAUUUGACCAGCCAAGUAUAUUCAUUUGAGCCUAUUUUGGACAACUUUAACAAAUAUAUCUCUAACUUUAGAUUAUACUCGAUAAAAGUAAUUGGAUUUUGUUUUUUUCUCUUUUUAUUUUUUGACCUGUUGACAAGUGUCUUUGUAAUAUGUUUUUAAUUCCCUUUUUUAUUGUAUUAUAGACAGACGAACAAAUUAAAUUGGGCCUCAAAGAGAGAACAUAAUCCCUUCUGGUUAUUUUUUUGACACAUUAUUUUGCAAAGGGAGUUGUGUAUCUUUGGGCAGUUUUGUUCUGAGAAAUUAUGGGCUAUUUUGUAGCAUGCUCUUAGGGAGCUGCACCAAUAGGGAAAGGACUCCCGCCGCUGGGCAAGUCAAGUCUUUUACUAAACGAGGACCACAGGGGAGGGUUUGCAGAGACCUCCCUCUGAAAGAUACAAAAGAGCAGAGCAUGACUCUCCUGGGAUGAGGACUUGCUUUCUUACCUCCGGUUCUUUCCAUGUCUUAGUUGGAUGGCCCUGAAAUGGACACAGGCUGUGCCAUUGUGCCAGAAACAUUGUGUUUUCUUUUAUGUUGUUGUUGUUGCUGUUAAACUAUAAUAUGUGACUCCUUUUUUAUUAUUAUGUUUUGUUUGAAUGCUUUAAAGAAAUCUUUUAAGUCUGUGGAUCUGCUGAUGUACAGUGCCUUUGCUGCUAUGGAUCAAAAUCAAAAGAACCGUGUAGAUAAACUUUAUUGUAUAAGUAGAAAAUGACUUAAUUUCAUACUAGACAUGGAUGGAUGCUGCAAGUUGAAAUGGACUUGUCCAUUGACGUUCCUAAUGUGGUAGCAGAAAAAACAAAAUGGUGUCUUAAGUGCUUAGUGUUUGAUGUCAUUAACAGUUUCGUAAAACUCUACAGUGUAGAAAGAUUUUGAUACUAAACUGUGCAUUGUACAUAGUUCUAAUGCAUUGUAUUGACCACCAGUGCUUCUAUAAUAGUAGAUUGUUUGUGCAUUCAGACUUUUAAGCAUUAAACAUAAAUAACUUCUA